AAAUUGAUCAAUCUCUCUAUCCCACUUUAUUCGUCAAUCGUUUUUGGUAUUAUUGCAGUGCACCAAUUUUAUGGCGUCGUGUUGAGUUUUCUAAAGAAGAUUGUCAGAGGAUCCAAUGCAGUGGAAAGAAGAUUAAAUGACGAUGUUUCCAAAAAUAAGAGCAAGAAAAAUAAGAUUAAAUGUUCCACGGAUACUUCUUCCAAUUCAGAUACUUCAGACAGUAAUUCAGGUAAUUCUUCUGCAUCCAGUUCGGGAAUAGAAGUUAUACAUGUGAAACGCCCCUUUCUAAAGCGUAAAGUAAAAG